CAGCCCCCUCCCCGGAGAGAGAGAGAGCCGGACCGGCUGGACCCCCUCCCCCCCUUCCCCCGGAGGAGGACCCGAGAGAGACCCACGUUGCCACGGGAGAGGCCUCGGUUCAGGGCUGAAGGAUGUUUACCUCCGUGAAGGCCUUUGAGGGGCAGCAGUACUCCACCCUGAAGAGGCAGUGCUUGCAGAGCGGCCUCCUGUUUGAAGACCCCCGCUUCCCCGCCACUGAUGACUCGCUUUUUUACCAGGGCAACAGGAUCGGACGUGUCGUCUGGAAGAGGCCUCGGGAGCUGUGUGAGGACCCUCACCUGUUUGUAGAUGGCAUCAGUGCACACGACCUGCAUCAGGGACAGUUGGGCAACUGUUGGUUUGUUGCAGCUUGUUCCAGCCUGGCAUCCAGAGAGUCUUUGUGGCAAAAAGUCAUCCCGGACUGGAAGGAGCAGGAGUGGGAUACAGAAAAGCCAGACUCGUACGCUGGGAUUUUCCACUUCCGCUUCUGGCGCUUUGGGGAAUGGAUGGACGUGGUGAUUGACGACCGGCUGCCUACGGUGGACAACCAGCUAGUCUACUGCCACUCCAAUGACAGCAAUGAGUUCUGGAGCGCUCUGGUGGAAAAGGCCUACGCCAAGGUUUAUGGCUGCUAUGAGGCUCUGGAUGGGGGAAACACAGCCGAUGCACUGGUGGAUUUUACAGGUGGUGUUUCUGAGCCUGUGGACCUUCUGGAGGGUCAGAUGGCCACAGACGAGGUGGCUCGUAACCAGCUGUUUGAAAGAGUGCUCAAAGUCCACAACAGAGACGGUCUGAUCAGCUGCUCUAUUAGGGCGACAACGGUGGAGGACAUGGAAGCCCGGCUGGACUGCGGUUUGGUCAAAGGCCACGCCUACGCCGUGACAGACGUUCGGAAGGUGCGACUUGGUCACGGACUCUUGGCCUUCUUCAAAUCGGAAAAGCUGCACAUGAUUCGCAUGAGGAACCCCUGGGGAGAGAAGGAAUGGAGCGGCCCGUGGAGCGACAGUCAAUGUGGGUUUUUCCAGAGAUUGAGGGGCUCGUUGGAGGGCGGAAAGGUCCUUGGUUUGCUGGCAUCUGCUCCCUUUGGUCUAUCUUUUCCUCUUUGCCUGUCCUUCUGCAGGAUGAACUUUGACGACUUCUGCCAGUACUUCACAGACCUAAUCCUCUGCCGCCUCAUCAACACAUCCUAUUUGAGCAUCCACAAGACCUGGGAGGAAGAGGUGAUGAGGGGCACCUGGACCCACCGCCAGGAUCCUCUUCGAAACCGAUCCGGGGGCUGCAUCAAUCACAAGACCACCUUCCUGCAAAACCCUCAGUAUGUCUUUGAUGUGAAGAAGGUUGAGGAUGAGGUGUUGAUCUGCCUGCAGCAAAAAGAGAAGAGAGCCACGCCCAAAGAAGGCAAAGGGGAGAACCUUGCUAUAGGCUUCGAUAUUCACCGGCCUAAACUGGUUACAGGAUGUAAAACUAAAGGGUUUAUACUUUCCUCCCUCUGCAGAGAGCUGACUCUGGAUGAGCCUCCUCAGACUUGUUGGACAGGGAUGUGUGGCUACCCUCAGCUGGUCACUCAGGUUCAUGUAGUGAGUGCUGAGGGACUGCAGGGACAAGACACCAAUGGAGCUGUGGAUUCUUAUGUGAUAAUCACCUGUGAAGGAGAGCGAGUUCGUUCACCAGUUCAAAAAGACACACGUUGCCCAAACUUUGACAUCAAAGGAGUGUUUUACCGCAAAAAGCCCAAGGAAGCCAUCCACAUUGAGAUCUACAACAAGAACAUGAUCAUGGACACCUUCCUGGGUCAGGUGGUCCUGUUCAGCGAGCCCAACGAGCGGCAAGAGCAACACACGCUUCACCUCCGAGACAAGGGCAGUCGCCAGGACAACGACAUCCCAGGCAUGCUCACUGUGCGCCUCUUCACCUCCACCACGCUCACCAACAUCUGACGAGCUCCUUAAAGCGAAAUGGAAAUCUCAAAAAGCUCUGCGGUCUUUCUGACCUCACUGUGUCCUUUUUUUUCUUUCUUUUUUGUUGAUUUUCAGCCUUUUUUGGGAGGUUUCUUAAAUCUUCCCCUCAUCUAUAUUUUUAAGGUAAAGGUGCCAUAAGUACAGUCAGACUUUUUAAUGAGUUGUGUUUUCAUAGCAUCCUCCUUGAAUAGAACGUAUGGUCAGAAUUGUAUCUGAAAGCUGACGUCUCUGUAGGUUGGAAGCCAGAAUCUCGCCUUGGCUUCAGCAGAGAGAAAAAAGUUUCCUGCUCUGAUCUGAUUGUACAAGUCGAGUUUCCUCUUCCCUCAUUUUUGAAUUCAUGCCUAACCUGUACAUGUAGACGUAGAACACAUAUGCACACAUUUCUGCACUCUCCAUGCAUGUGCCAAUUUUCCAAGGGCUCUGCAAUGCCUUAAGGCCGAGUCCGUCUCUCCUGUUUUAGGAGACGGGGGAGGAGUUCUGUUUAAGCUGUUCUUAGAGUCAGCCUCCUUUUUGUCUGACUUUAACCCCACCCCCAGUGUUUAACCCUCCCGCCCAGACACCGGAGCUCCUCGUCAGGUUGCAGGUGCUUCAGAGAGCAUGCCACAGCCUGAACUUUAUUAAGAAAAGCCAACAGCAGCUAUUUCCUUCCUCUAAGAGCUUUUUUUUUGUGAUGUGCUGCGCUCCCGUACAAAGUCUCGCCUCCCGUCUCCUGACACGUUUUUAAACUUCCUUGAAACUCUCGCUGCCGGUUGCUCUGGACGAUCUUAACUGCAUGGCUUGAAGAUGUUUCUGCCUGUGCCGUACAAUUCUCCAGUCGUAGCUUAGCAACCGGGUUCCUGAUGGCGUUACCCUUUCCCCUCGUCGGAGUGCAAGGAGUCAGCUUGACAUAAACCAAGUGCUUUAUGGGACCAAAGAUGUGCCAGGCCCUUUGCUGUCUACGUCCUGUUUGGAACCUUCUGGCCAGGCCCGGCCCAAGCCUAGCUACAGUACAAACCACCACCCCCUGUGCCACUUCAUCUCUUUACGGCGACACCACUGCCUGACGCUUCCUUUGACAAAGAGUCUUAUGGGUCAACCUCGCGGCAGACAGCAGCUGCGCUUCUGCCGUCGGCACAGAGCAGGCCGGAGUAUUUAACGGAGAAAAUGUGCGUCUGUCUCGUUUCUUUCAGCUCCGCUUUGAAUUCGGGUGAAUGCAAAUCUGUGUAUCCUAGUUCUAUCCGGAAGACAUUUUUUCUGUGGAAAGGUGUGAGCAAAACGGAGGGGGAAAAAACACACCUUGCACUUUAAUUUAUUUCAAAGACAAAAGAAAGGUUUUAUCAAAGGAGACAUGCUGCCAAACAACUCGUGCCAUCAUCUCGGUCUUGGCUUUGCCUCCACAGCAGGAAAGCAGAAUGGAUGAACUGAUGAAUUCACAUGUUUUCUGCAUUUUGAACCACAGUUGGUGCAAAUUUAAUUAAUUAUUAACCACGACACUUCCUGUGUUGGUCAUGUGGCCACUCGGUCUGAGUGUUUCACUUAUAACCAGAACUUAGUUUUAUUUUGUGGAAUGAGAAAAGCAGUCUUAGUUUUAUGAAAUUCAGAAAUUAUUUUUUGUUGUUAGUAUUAAUAUUGUUCGACAUUAGGAAACAAACUGUUAUCUACCAUCAAGGUAUUUUUUUGAAUGUAAGACCAGUCUAUUUAUGAAAGUAUCAAAUUUGUUUUUCUGUUUUUUUUUUAAUACUGGAAAGUACAAAAAUUACAUUUUUUAAAUUUGUCUCUCAGAUUUUUGUCAGGGUCAUACGCGGUCUGGAACUUUAUAAAUGUUAUUCUGGUUUUUAUACUUCCAAUUGUUUAUCUAAACGUUACCCUGCCUGUUUUGGACCAUCAGUUUCUUUCUUUCUUUUCUUUUCUUUCCUCCCUAUUUUAUUAAUUUCUUCAUUAUUUCAUCGCAUCUCUGCCUUUUUUCUUGUUCUGCAUUUAAAGCCGCUUUGUGAAUACAUCAUAUAGACAUAAAUUCAUUAUAAAUCUUGGUAUUUAUAGAAAGGAGUUUAAAAGGACUGACAGGUCGACGUUUACUCUGGUAGAGUUGGAACAAUGGAACCCUGUUUUAUGUACAGCAUCCUUAUAAAUGUGUCCUGCAUGACUUAUUUUUCCGUUUGUUCAUGACCUUGUACUGUUCAAUUGUUCCUGUAUCUAAUUAUUCUUUCUAUCUCGAGCAUCGUGAAAAUGCUCGUUUUUGAGGAGUCAGCAUGUCGACACCUGGUCAGCUUCAUCUCAUACGGAUCACAAAGGGUUUGAAACAUUUUCAGUAUGUCUUGUGUUGCAGUGAUGCACCCAUAAUGCCUGUAGCAUCUGUCAACAUUAGCAGCAGCUGCUGAUGAACAUCUAGGUGCUAUUUAUCUUCUUUGUGCUCUUUUUUUAUGGUUUAUAGUCUGACAGUAGGUGACCGGUGCACAGACAUGCAGACUUGCAAAAAACAGGUUUUAACUAUAGUAACAAACAAAAAAAAUAUAGUUUGGAUUUUAUUCACAAGGAUACACACAAACAAAAGCCAAUAAAACGUAUAAUGCACUAUUUAAAGGAGAAGUCCAGUCGUAUUCAGAGCUCAACUUCUGAAAGUACUUUAAAUAUGAAAUUAUUACAGACUGUUCAA